AUGGUGGAGGAUCUCAAAGCAAACUACAAAAAGGAAUUAAGGAAAGCAAACUUUCACGUCGAGGAACUAAAGGAGACAUUACAAACAGCAGAUAAGGAUGACAUUCACAUAGCAUUUGACAGAAUUUUCGAGAUUUACAAAGGUCUAGACGAGGCAAGCAAUCGUGUGAAAGACGCCAUGUUAGACGAAGAGGUGUCGCUUGAAGAGAUAAGAUUGUGGUCACAAUCUAACAAAACAGAUUUAUUGCAUAUUCGUAACUUUAAGAGUGAGUUAAAGGACAGAAUAAGCGAUAUGGAAAGAAAAGAAUCACACCAACUAGAAAAAGAAACAUAUCAAAAGAAGCUCGAAUUCGAGCUCGAGCUAAUGCGGAAGAAAAACGAAGAAAAAUCUACAAAGCCACAGUCAGUUAAAUUACAAAAGUACACAAUCACACCCUUUACUGGAGACUGCAGAGACUGGAUAAGAUUUUGGAAUCAAUUUAAAGUUGAAGUUGAUGGCUCAAGCAUUCCAGAGAUCAGUAAAUUUAAUUAUCUGCUUGAAUUGGUACAAGGUCAACCGAAAGAACAUAUUCUAGGACUUCCUCACUCUGCUGAGGGAUAUGAAGAAGCAAAAAAGGUCUUAGAAAUGACUUAUGGCAAAGACAAUCAAGUUCACAAAGCUUUGAUUCGAGAUUUGGAGUCAUUACCUACUAUUACAAACAUCCACAAGAUUAAGGAAAUUCAUGAGUUCUACAUAAGACUAUCUAGAACUGUCAGAACCUUAUCAACAAUGAAGAAAUUAGACAGAUCUCAAGCUUACACUUACAGUAUUAUGGACAAACUUGGCCCGGUAAGAGAAAUUAUUGUGCAAAGUGAUGAUGACUGGGAAGGGUGGGGCCUUGAUGACAUUGUUGAAAACUUACGAAAGUACACAGACCGCAACCCAUUACCUACAUUCAAGACGGGGGAGCAAAUGCAACAACAACAACAAAUGGAAGUAAAAAGGAAAGAAAAGGCAAUGUUAGCAAGCCCACCUACCCAACAAUCAUUCACUGUUGGAGCUUGUGUGUAUUGUGAUUCUCCAGGACACCGAUCAUUGAAUUGCACAAAGGUUCUUGACAUUGCUAGUAGAAGAGAAAUCCUCAAAAGGAAAAAGGCAUGCUACAACUGUGCCAAACCUGGGCACGCUGCUUCUCAAUGUAAGUCACGUGGAUGCACUAAGUGCAACAGCAAGCAUCACACAUCGUUAUGUGAUAAAACAAACACAACAUUUUCUUCAACUUCUACCUUUAAAGAACCUACUCCACCUAGAGAGAGAUUUUAUAGUGUACUUGACAUGCAAACAACCUUACAUGCCACUAUUAUUGCUCAAGUGAAUGGUAUACCUGCACGUAUUAUGCUAGACAGUGGAGCAGGAAGUUCAUAUAUUAGCAGUAAUCUUUUAAAUGAGCUCAAGUCAAAACCAGUAUGCAUUGAAAGAAGACUUAUCGAGCAAAUGUAUGGAACUGUUGACAAACAAGUAGAGAUCCACUCAGUACAAAUUGAAUCUCUAUACUCAAGUGCUUUUAGCAUGACAUUGCAAUGCAUCAAUGCAGAAAAGCCUACUUUGACAUACCUACCUAACCCUAACAUUUCAGAGCUCAAGAACAAAUAUCCACACUUAAUGCCUUUGAAGUUCAGUGAUGAGAAUGCUGAUCAAGAUAGCUUGCCUGUGCAUGUCAUACUUGGUGCCGCUGAUUUGCAAAGAAUAAAGACCACAACAGCUCCUGUGCUUGGACCAAACCCAGACACAGAUCCCGGUGCAGAGCUCACUCGACUUGGAUGGAUAGCAGCAGGAAAAUCUGUCACAAGCUGUGUAGAGGCAGACAAGAAUUUCUUCUUAAAGUCCAGCUCAGAUGAAUUCAAACAAAUGUGCUCACAAGAAGUGUUUGGACUUACUGAUGAUAUAGAUCAGGACUUGUGUCAUGAAAAAUUCCAGGAACAAAUUUGCAGACAAGAUGAUGGAACUUACUCUACUCGGUUACCAUGGAAACCAGACCACUUGCCUUUAGCAGAGAACAGGGAGAUAGCUCUAGCAAGACUCAGAAGUACUGCUAAAAAGCUUGACAACUUGGAGAAACUGGAGGAAUACCAUGCUAUAAUGCAAGAGCAAGUACAUAAGGGAAUUCUUGAGCAAGUUCCUGACACCCCAACUGGCAACACGAUUCACUACGUCCCACAUCAACCGGUUUUUAGAGAUGACGCUGAGUCAACAAAACUGAGGAUAGUGUAUGAUUGUUCAUCUAAAUCUAAGCCCCAAGAGCCAUCUCUUAAUGACUGCCUAGAGGUUGGUCCUGCGCUACAGCCAAAGAUCUUCGACAUUCUACUGAGGAACAGAACUAAAACAUUGUGGAUUGCUGGAGACAUUCAAAAAGCUUUCUUGCAAAUUCGAGUCCAUCCUGAAGACAGGGAUGCAUUAAGAUUGCUGUGGUAUGAUGAUCUUGUAAACAGGAACAUUGUAGAAUACCGAUUUACACGUGUUAUAUUUGGCUCGGGACCAAGUCCUUACAUACUUGGUGCAACUCUCAACAAGCAUGUCAGUCAGUAUAAAGAGGAAUAUCCAGAGACGGUGAAGGAAUUGUUGAACAAUACCUAUGUUGAUGACAUCCAAUCUGGAGGAGACAAAAAGGAACAGCUACUUAAGUUCAAGAAUGAAUCAACAGAGAUCAUGAAGGAAGGAGGAUUUAUUUUGCAUAAAUGGCACAGCAAUUGUUUGGAAGUAGAAGAAUCAUCAGCACCAAACCAAGAGCAUUCAACGGAAACAAAGAUCUUAGGAGUCCCAUGGAACAAACAGGAUGACACUAUUACAGUAAGCUUCCAGCCCAGCUCACAUCAAAGUGAGGAACAUUGUGUGACCAAGAGGCAGAUACUAUCGUCUAUUAAUCAGAUCUAUGAUUUGCUUGGACUGGCUGCGCCAGUCGUCAUCAUAGCAAAGAUCAUCUAUAGCAAGGUGUGCUCAACGAAGCUCAAAUGGGACGACGCGGUACCAGAGGAUGUGAGAAAGAUGUGGAAAAGGUGGCUGCAGAGCUUGAAGGACCAUCCUGUCAUCAAAGUACCACGAAGUGUUGUUAGUGCAGCACUGGUUAAAAUGACACUCCAUGGAUUCGCCGACGCAAGCAAGUUAGCAGUCGGAGUAGCUAUUUAUGUCUUGGCGUAUCACAACGAUACAAGCAUUUGUCAGAAUCUACUUGUGGCUAAGUCUCGAAUUGCUCCAAAGGAUCAGACGAUUCCUCGGUUGGAGUUAAUUGCAGCCCACACACUCAGCCGACUCAUGAAUCAUGUCAAGAUCACCCUCCACGAUCUACCAAUUUCUGAGUUCCACGGAUGGGUUGAUAGCACUACUGUAUUGUACUGGAUUGAAGGAAAAGGAACAUGGUCACGAUUUAUACGCAACAGGACAAACAGCAUCAAAGAGAACGAAUAUAUGCAAUGGCACUAUGUUCCAACUGAAGAAAAUCCUAGCGACAUAGGUAGCAGAGGGAGUGUGCCAGGGAAGCUUACCCACUUCUGGUUUAAAGGACCAGCCUGGCUGAAAGAUCCAAAUAAAUGGCCUCGUCAACCGCAAACUUGUGAAACAGAUGAAGCUGCGAAGGAAGUUGUACAUGUAGAGAAACAACUUUUAGUCAAAGAAGAACGGAAAGAGGAAGAUACCUUUGAAAGGUUACCACACCACUACUCGUCAUAUUGGAAGCUACUUAGAGUAACAGCAUUGAUCCUUCGCUUUAUCAACAACUGCAGAGGAAACAAGCAAGUUGGAGUAUUAACAACUGAGGAAAUUCAAGGAGCCGAGAAGUUCUGGAUUCGUCGAGCUCAGUCCAAUGACAAGCCUAUUAAGUCACCCAUCGAGCUACAAAAGGAUGCUGAUGGAAUUUGGAGAUGUGUUGGAAGAGUACCAAACUACAACCCUAUCUUUCUCCCAAGAAAUCAUGAUCUGACAACUCUUAUUGUCAAACAGAAUCACGAGAAGAUCUUGCACGGGGGAGUGUCCACAACAAUGCAUCUAGUAAGAGAGAAACUGUGGGUGCCAAAGCUGAGAAGCCUUGUAAAGAAGAUUGUUCAUGACUGCAACGUGUGCAAGCGAUACCGAGCAAAACCACUAGCUGAUGCCCGCAUGCCAAAGUCUCUACUACCAGAGUUCAGAUCUGAACUUACAGUACCAUUCACAGUAACAGGCGUUGACUUUGCUGGACCAGUUUACUACAAGGAUAAGAAGAAAACUACCAAGAAGGCAUAUGUUGCUCUAUUUACUUGUGCUAGUAGUAGAGCAGUUCACCUGAAGCUGUGUCAAAACCUGACUGCCACAGAAUUCCAAAGAGCAUUAAAAGAAUUUGUCGCUCGAAGAGGUUGCCCGGCAUUACUAAUAAGUGAUAAUGGGAAGACAUUUGUCGCCACCGGAAAGUGGCUCAACACUCUCAAGAAGGAUCAAAGUUUAGCUAACUAUCUGGCAGCACUCGAUGUAAAAUGGAGGUUCAACUUGUCUCGAGCCCCUUGGUGGGGCGGUUUCUUUGAGAGGCUCAUUGGCAUUGUUAAACGAACACUCUCAAAGGUUGUUGGUAGAAGUCUACUUACCUUUCAGGAGCUAAAUGAAGUCCUUAUUGAUGUAGAGAACACGAUGAACAAUAGACCACUUACUUAUCUUGGAGAGGAGUUUGAGCAACCAGUCAUUACUCCAAAUACUUUGUUAAGAGGAAGGCCUACUCCUGUGUUAGAGGAAGACUUGGAACGUCUAAACGAUGAUGACAUGUGCAAACGGGUGCGAUUACUUCUAAAGGCAAAGGCUGAUGUAAGGAAGAGAUUUGUCAAAGAAUAUGUACAUGCAUUGGAGGAGAGGCAUCCAAUACUUGGUGAAGAGGUAAAGAAGGUACCCAAAACAGGAUCUGUAGUACUACUGAAAGGCGACAACAAGCACAAAGUACAAUGGAAACUCGGACGUGUCGUGAGUCAAGUCAUUGGUAAAGACAAGAAAGGACUCAAGAUCAAAUUGGGUAACGGUUACCUAAUUGAACGCCCAUUACAACUAGUGUGUACCUUAGAAGUCGGCGGCGAAGAUUCCAGUUGGAAUCCAACCAGAAAGGAGGAGGUGAUGCAGAGAGUUCAACCAAGCAGGAAGACGAAAGACGCAGCAAAUCAAAAGUUCAAGAUGAUUGCACAAGAAGAAGAUGUUGAAGAAUGA